AUCUGUCCACAUAUUGUUGUGGGCAAGUGUGAGUGGCGCGUUAGAAGUUUUUUAAGUAUGAUUUUGUCGACUGUUUGCGCCUUGUGCGUUAUUUUCUUUUUGUUGGAAAUACGUGAAACUUCUGCACUCCGUGUGGCCCUUCAGUUGUAGUCAAAUUGGAACUGUUGAUUAGUGUUGACAGCGCGGGCACGGCGACUGGACCUCGCACACCGGUAGUCUUGGCACACAGUUUCAGUAUCGAAUGCAUGCAUGGGGUGAAAAGGAACAAGAAAGAAAAAUAUUUUCACGUUCCUUUCGGUGGCUACCGAUUCAUAAUGUCAAGCGGCCAGUCCAAAAUCACAAGCUUCUUUAUUUCUUCGAGCCCAAUCAAGACGUCGGCAGGAGGACCCGUCAAGUCAUCCCCAAAAUCGACAAGAAGAAGAGGUGGAAAACUGUCACUUAAAAAUAAAACUACGCGGUUGCGCGAAGAUGGCCCGAGUAAAAAAAUUAAACUAGAUUGUUGCCGCCUGGUAUCGCCUCCUGACAAAGAUGAUAGUGACGUAGAAAUUGUUGAAGUUGUACCGUCACGACAAAGCAGUGAACUUGGUUCGUGGAAAAAUACUAAAAAGGGACUGAAGGAACGUCUAUGCAAAAAGGUUAAGGCCGAGGAAGAUAACUUAAAAAGUUCGAUAUGCCACAUUAAUGAGGAAAUGUUCUUCGACAGAACACAAGGAAUGCUGUGAUACAGAAUGCAGGAUAUCGAAGCUGCCUGUACAGACUAUUUUAAGCGCAGUGAAAGAAUCAACAAGUGGUGGUGUGCGUAACAAGACCGGUGAUUUUAAACAAGGUCUUCCAAAGGAAGGUGCUGUGAUCGAACGCAAGAAGUAUUGUGAUACAGAUUGCAGCGAGUUAAAGCCGACUGUACAGACUCUUCUAAGCCCGGUGAAAAAGCCAGCUAAUGUCUCUGGUGUGCCUGAAAGACCAAGUGUCUUCAAACAAAGUGUGCAGACAGAAGUGGUGGAAGGACAGAACAUGCAGUACAAGCAGUCAGACUCAACCGUGCAGACUUCUUCAAGUCCACCAGAGGAAUCUGCUGAUGGUAGUACGACAAAAAGUCCCUACUAUCUGGAGAACCUUGUAUUGAUUGUUAACGCAAUAAAAGGCAGUGACGACUGGAAUCUUUUCAACCAGCAGGAACAGGAUAUGUUUUGCGAGUUUCUAGAAGCUGAUGAUAAGUGCCAGAAGCUGCUUGCCCGGCUUCUUCAGCGAAAGCACAUGUGGCGAAGAACAUCUAAAAUUGGCUACCCUGACAUUGCCAGUGAUGUCUCUCCAAUUCUCUUUGCUUUAAGAGACAAAGGCUACGUAGAGGACGUAACAAGUUUGAAAGACCUGGAUGUGGCCUUGCGCCUGCUUUCACCUUUCGAGCUGAAGACCUUGGCCCAAGUGUUUAAGCUGAGGACGAGUGGCCAGGGCAAAGGAAGUCUUGCAGACUCACUGCUGGACCAUUGCAACAAGCAGCAGACUGUGCUGUUUGGCUCCAAGCAAGCGUCUCUUCAGCAGCUGGCACUAAAACGGGCACUGGCUUUGCUUGGUCCUGCGUGGCGGCUGUGUGAUGAGCCGCGAGAUGCUUGGAGGCGUCUACUGCGGCUCUUCUCUCUGGGAACACCGUGGGACAUGGAUGAAGCGGGGGAAACACCGCAAGUGUAUGGUCUACAGCUCGUAGCAGCAGGCAAGAUGGCCUUCCCUGAGUAUGAGAUUUCAAGGCAACACCAAGUUUUCUCCUCACGCAUGGACCUAAUCAGAUAUGAAUCGUCAAGGGUUCUGGAGGCAGAGCUGAUCCAAGCCACUGCGGACAAGAAAUGGGACCGGGCUAGGCAGCUCUUCAAUGAUGUGGAAAAGCUAGCUAAAGGCACUGAAGCAUUGGAGUGCCAGAAAAGGGACCGAUCGUUGGCACCAUUCCUGAGACAUUUCAGCAUGUGUGGUGUCUACACUCGGUGCCGCUGCUUGGGUGUCGAUGUGCUGCAACGCCUCAAAGAACACAGACACGCCGUUAAGGUUCUCCGAGACCUUCUAAGUCAAGAACUCUACUGUCAGAGCCGCAGAGGCCACUGGUGGGAUCGCCUGGCCCUCAACUUGGAAGUCCACCUAGGAAAGCCUGCAGAGGCCUUAAAAGUUGUGCAUGAGGCUCUGGAUGACUCCAGCAUCAGCCCUGCUGCUCGUCAUGCCUUGGUCACGAGGGCUAAUCGCUUGGCAGCAAGGAUGCCCAAGGACGUGUUGCCAUCACUAAAAUCUCUUUUGGAGCAGGAAAAAUGGGAUGCACUUCCACAGGUGGAAAUUGAAGGCCAGUUAGCUGAGCGCAUGGUGCCUGGGCGAACUAACCUGUUUGCAGCACGAGAUGGAACUACGAUGGAAGUCAUCUCCGUUGAAGAAGUGGCCUUGCGGAACUACAACCUACAGGGUUACCCUAAAGGAGUCCACGGGGAAGGUUCUACAUUUCAUGCAUUGUUUGGCCUUCUCUGCUGGGACGUGAUAUACACGAGUGGCGUGCCAGAUGCAUUUCGGUCUGCGUACCAGGCUUUGCCCUUGGACCUUCAUUCGAAUUGUUUCUUCAGAAGUCGGGAGCAACAUUUCCUUGAAGCAUUCAAGGUCAUCUCGGAAAGCACAACACAGGAGCUGGAAGAGAAAGUUGCAGCCGCCUACACUGCCCACUUUGGGAAGGCUGGUUUAGUCCAGUGGGACCGAUUCACAUGCGCCGAUGUCCAGGAAAUUGUGCGUUGUUUGGGGCCGCAUGUACUUUCGAGAGUCUGUGAGCUGUUGGCACGUCAGUUUCGACACCGCCGAAGUGGCCUUCCUGACUUGCUUGUUUGGAACCCAGAGACAGCAAAAGCCAAGGCAGCUGAAGUGAAAGGACCCGGAGACACACUGUCCCCAAAGCAAGUCGUCUGGCUGCGCGAGCUCUUGGCAUUGGGUGUGGACUGUGAAGUCUGCCGUGUCACAGCAACAAGCUCAAAAAGGUUGCAGAGGAAGAAGACUGGUGCUGAACAUGCGAAAGGAUCUUCAGAACAGAUGGAGUGAAUGCAGCCCACAAGUUGUGCUAUGGAGUGAAGAGCUUGGUUUUUGUGGCA